AUGAGCUUCUCCUACGAAAACAUUGUUCCAUCGUUUAGAUUGGAUGGUAGAUUGGCCAUUUUGACCGGUGGUUCCGGUGGUAUGAGUACCGUUCUUUCCAGAGCUUUGGUCGCUCAGGGUGCCGAGGUGGCCCUUGUGGACAUGAACCUAGAAAGAACCAAGGCUGCCGCCAAGGAUGUUGUUGCCUGGGCCAACGAAACCUUGAAGGGUGUCCACGAGUCUCCUAUCGGUGAGGUUUCUGCUUGGUCUUGUAACAUUGGCGAUGCUGAGCAUGUCGACACUUGUUUCGCUCAAAUCAACGAGCACCACGGUAAAGUGGCUGACUUGUUGAUCAACACUGCUGGUUACGCUGAAAACUACCCAGCUGAGGAGUACCCUGCUGCCAACGCCGAGAGCAUCAUGCGUGUCAACGGUUUGGGUGCCUUCUACGUCUCUCAGUCUUUUGCCAGACCAUUGAUUCAAAACAACUUGAAGGGUUCCAUUAUCUUGAUCGGCUCCAUGUCUGGUACUAUUGUCAACGACCCUCAACCACAAUGUAUGUACAACAUGUCCAAGGCCGGUGUCAUCCACUUGGUCAGAUCUUUGGCUUGUGAGUGGGCCAAGUACAACAUCCGUGUUAACACCUUGUCGCCAGGUUACAUCCUCACUCCAUUGACCAGAAACGUCAUUUCUGGCCACACCGAGAUGAAGGACGCCUGGGAGUCCAAGAUUCCAAUGCACAGAAUGGCCGACCCUAAGGAGUUUGUCGGUUCCAUCUUGUACUUGGCUUCUGACUCUGCUUCGUCUUACACGACAGGUCACAACUUGGUUGUUGAUGGUGGUUACGAGUGUUGGUAA